AGGCCUCUAUGCGGUAAUGACCAACACCAUCCACAUAGCCUUUUUUGCCCUGUUUGGCGCGGUGAGAGCCUCUGAGGGUUUUUGUGAGGAUUAUCUGGACUGUAUGCAACGUCUAGAAGCCAAACAAAAUGACUGCUUAAUGACAGAAAGGAAUGUUCAGAUGAGCAGUUCCGAUCGCUGCGCGCGACAAAAAUGGGACGUGAAAAUGGCGUUGAAUGGUCUCCACUUGCGGAGAGCAGAAUUAGCUAGGGAUUGUGUACAGAAAAAUAUUCAAGAUGCUACAAUAUCUGAAUCUACAUUAAGUGAAGAAGAGCUACAAACAUGCCGAUCUAUCCAUGCAAAAUUCCCAUUUGCACCAGGGAACAAGAGAAGGAAACGCUCGCUUCCGACCUCGAAAGGUUUACGGAAAAAGGAGUCAAGGCAAAAGGCAUUGAUUUGCCGGAAAGACACCAAGUUAUGGCACAAGCAAUGCUCCGAGUUGGCCAAAUGCUGUCCAUUAACCGAAGACUGCAAGGUUAACACGAAGGAAAUUAUGGAACAAAUUUUCGAAGAGCGCCGGAAGCUCCGCGAAUUGAAUGAGAAUUGCCAUUCAACACACCGUUAGCUUGAAAUUCUAGCCAGUUGUUAUGUUCUCGUUGUAUUAUUUGAAACUAUACAUUCCACUGCGCUUUGUUCACUUCUGAUAUAUGUCGGAUACGAAAGCUUAAGGCAACUGUGCUUUCACGAAUGCUCAGAUUCUCUCAAACAUCGCCGAAAAAGCUAAGCUUUUCAUGC